AACGUGUUACUUGAAGGUCUCGAGCUGAAAAUUGUUUCCUAGUGAUUUGGUAUCUGCCAUCAUGUUGAGAACCACGUGUUUGCUUCUCGUCUGCGCUAUUAGUGUGACCCACCAGUCAUGCAGUAUUGGUCCACAAGCAGAUCCACAUGGACGAGCUCAGGCCGAGGACCAACACAACUAUCACGAGGCCUGUGUCGAAGGUCUCCGAUCUCAGAUUCGUAAAGAGUUCGAAGCCUCUCUCCAAUACUUGCUGAUGGGCGCUUACUUUGCACAGGAUGACGUGAACCUAGCUGGAUUCACUAAAAUGUUCUUUGAGCAUGCGGACGAGGAACGUGGUCAUGGAAUCCAGUUCAUCGAGUAUCUUCGUCAUCGGGGUGACGAGGAGAUCAAUUUACUGGGAUCAGAUCCUAUUCUACCCAUUCUGGGCAAGAACACAUGGGCUGAUGGGGAGGAAGCUCUACGUGACGCCUUGGAAAUGGAAAAGAUCGUCAGCGGAUCCAUUAAGAAGUUGAUCGACGUCUGCGAUAAUGAUGCCAAACAAGAUUACCACGCCGCUGAUUGGUUGACGGGUACUUUCUUGGAGGAACAAUUCCAAGGCCAACGCCAUUUGGCUGGACUCAUCAACAGUUUGAGCACUUUCCGACGAGAUCACGAGCAUCUAGCUGAUUGGAUGUUCAGCAACAAUCUUUUGUCUGCUUAAAUAUUCACGCUCAGAGCACCGAUUUAUAUCUAGAAAUAAUGUAGCUAUUGUUGAAAAUGUAUCGCUAAAAUAAUAACACUAAAGCUAAAGAGUAUCCAAAA